CGAACGUCCACCCAACCCCGGCGUACUUUUUCUUUUACCGCUAUCUUUGUCUGUACACAAUGCACCUUCAAUCCUUACCAUUCUCGCUCUUUCUUUAUCUAUGCUCGGUAGCCGCGCACGGUGCGCACGAGGAGUCGAAGGAACCUCUCACCGGUGAUGCAGCUCAGUACGCGCAAAGACAUAUGGCGACGGAACAUCAUAUCGACUCGUUCGAUCUGGCGAGCUUCUUCCAGCUCCAUGACUUGAACCGGGAUGGUGUGUGGGACAAGGAAGAGGUUGAGGCCAUCUACGGGGUGCACCACGUAUACUCACAGAAGAAGUCCAAGGAUGACGAAGAGCACAAGGCUAAGGCCAAAGUUAUUGUCGACACGAUAAUGAACGCCUUGGACAAGAACAAGGACGAAGUGGUCACGAUGGAGGAGUUCGAGAGCGUUGGACUUGCUGCCCUGCCGAAUUUCGACAACAUGGGAGCCGAGGGACAUCAUUACGACGUUGAGAGCGAGUUCUUCCUCCACCACGAAGAGGAAUAUCACUCAACGCCCGAAACCCAAACCGACGAAGCUUACAACCACCCCGAAGACAUCGAGCAUUUCGCCUCGCACGAGAAGAUCGAAAUCCAAGAAGCCGAGCGCGAAGCCAAAUUCCAAGGCAUCUCAGUCGAGGAGGCCCUAGCCCAGCACGAACCCCCGCCUGAAGACCCUAACGCCCCCGCACCGGAGUCUAUCACCAACGAUUCUGCGAACGUCGUGGCUGAGGGAGGUGAUGUCGCUCAAGAGCCCGUGGCGGCGGCGUCGAAGAAGAUCCAGGUGCAGCGCGAGCCGUCGCCUGAUGAGGUGGAUCCUGCUAUUCGGUUCAGGGAGGCGAAGGCGGAGAGUGAGAAACAUGGGGAAUGGGGAAGUGGGGACAGCGGGUAUAAGUUCCCCAGCAGUCCGUCCGAGAAGAUGAGGAAAAAUCUCCCGUACAAGUACAAGUUCCGCCGUAGCUGGGGUGACUUCUAGUUGUUGGGCGCACGGAGUAUUCGACGAGUCUAGGCCGCUUCCUUUUGGUUAAUGUUAUGUUCUUCUUUUCUGUCGUCCGUGGAAGGUCCCUAUUUAAACUCCAUUUCACUCUGCUACCUUGUGGAAUGUACCAGCUUACAAUAUGUCCAUGGCUAUAACAUUCUCUUCUCAUGUGGCUCUUCCCUUGACAGGAUGAGGCGCACAUCC